CAAUUGAUCACGUGCUGGUGUUUCAGGAAGUAAUAAGUUAACGGACCACAGCGAAAUGGAUGGUCGUGUUGUUGCGUACAAAAUACAAGUUUUUCUUUUUAUAUUUUCAAGUUUGCUUCUCGAUUCCUCAUUUUCACAGACCUACUUCCUGAACGACACUGAGGGAUUAGGACAAGUCUUUGAUGGAAUUGGAGGAUUGAGUGGUGGAGGAGCGACGACGCGUCUACUCGUCAAUUAUGCUGAGCCCUACAGAAGCCAGAUCCUUGAUUACCUUUUUAGGCCGAAUUUUGGUGCCUCUUUGCACAUUCUUAAGGUCGAAAUAGGAGGAGACGCUCAAUCAACUGAUGGGACGGAGCCAUCGCACAUGCACUACGAGGAUGAUGAGAACUACUCCCGAGGAUAUGAAUGGUGGUUGAUGAAAGAGGCAAAGAAGAGGAACCCCAACAUUACGCUUAUUGGUUUGCCCUGGGCAUUUCCUGGUUGGGUCGGCCGUGGUAAGCAGUGGCCCUACGACUUCCCAGACGUCACUGUAGAAUAUGUAGUGAAGUGGAUCCUUGGCGCAAAGCAGGUUCACGACCUCAACAUCGACUAUGUUGGGAUUUGGAACGAACGGAACUUUGACAGCAAAUAUAUCAAGCUGCUGCGGUACACUUUGGACAAGAGCGGCCUGGAGAGUGUCAGGAUCAUAGCCAAUGACAACUUGUGGCAGCCCAUUUCGCAUGCUCUUCUGCUGGAUCCGGAGCUCAGCAGCGUUGUCGAUGUGAUAGGGGCCCACUACCCGGGCACGAACACCGUGGAAGAGGCUCUGAAGACUGGGAAGACGCUGUGGGCUUCAGAGGAUGACAGCACUUUCAACAAUGAAGUCGGGGGAGGCUGUUGGGCACGCAUUCUGAACCAGAACUACAUCAACGGAUUCAUGACUGCCACCAUUUGUUGGAAUCUCAUUGCCAGCUACUAUGAGGCACUGCCAUUUGGCAGAGACGGUCUUAUGACAGCGGAAGAACCCUGGAGUGGCAACUAUGUCGUCGAGUCGCCUAUCUGGGUUACAGCUCACACAUCACAAUUCACCCAGCCAGGAUGGACCUACCUGAAGACUGUUGGACAUUUGGCAAAAGGUGGAAGUUAUGUGGCCUUGACAGACGGGAAAGGAAAUCUCACAGUUAUCAUAGAAACGAUGACGCACAAUCAUUCAUUGUGCAUAAGGCCUCCACUCCCUCCGUACUCGGUGAGUUCACAAAACGCAACCUUUCAGCUGGAAGGCUCUUUUUCCUCCAUCAAAGAGUUGCAACUAUGGCGCACGCAGUUUAACUUCAAGACAACAAAGCCCACUUUUUUUCAGCGGCUAAGUCCUCUGAAGCUAAAGGAUGGAAAAUUUACCCUCAGUCUUUCAGAAGAUGAGCUUUACACAGUAACCACAAUGACGACGGGACAGAAGGGAAACUACCCAGAUCCACCCGCUUCUUCUCCCUUCCCAAAGGACUACAAGGAUGACUUUACUGUCCAAGAAUCUCCCUUCUCAGAAGCUCCAUACUUUGCUGAUCAGACUGGAGUUUUUGAAUAUUAUACCAACCUGACAGAUUCCGGGCCUCAUGUCUUCACUUUACGUCAGGUUCUGACUACACGACCUAUAACUUGGGUAGCAGAUGCAGACCAGACUGUAAGCGUUAUCGGUGACUACACGUGGCAGGAUGUGAAUGUCGAAUGUGAUGUCUUUAUGGAGAGUAGAAAGACUGGUGGCGUUUUCAUCGCAGCCCGGGUUGAUCAAGGAGGAGCGACAAUCCGUAGAGCCCAGGGAAUAUUUUUCUGGGUCUUUGCGGACGGAACAUACAAAGUUACCAAUGACAUUGCUGGUCUAAUGAUUCUCGUCGAAGGACAGUCUGGUACACAAGCAGGUGAAUGGCACACGCUGUCGCUCACUGUCAAGGGCCAGUUGGCAUCAGGAAAGCUGAAUGGUUAUCAAUUGUGGAAGAACGCGAUCGUGUUGACACCGAAGAAUGGCUGGGCGGCCAUCGGGACGCGCUCAUUUGAGCUGGCCCAGUUUGAUAAUUUUGCAGUAAAGGCACUGGAACAAGAACCCUCAAUUAGCAUGCCUUUUGUUGUGACUGUUUGACUGAAGAGGAGUAGAAGUGCAGCAAUUUAAUCAAAGAUUAUCAAAAUAACCGACAACUAUUUCAAUUAUUGGUUCAUCGUUGAGACCUUAAUUUAAAUGUGUC